AUGGCGCAGGACUUCUUGAAGGAGCUCAUCUCCCCAGGGCAGAAGUCCAAUAUCAGCUUUGAGGAGUCGCUACUAUGGAAAUAUUCAGAACUUGCCCGUCUUUCCUACAAAGAUGGUGAUAUCCCUGGGUACGAAGAGUUGGUCGUCGAUGAACAUGACAGGAUCAUCGGCAAGAGAGAUGGCCAGGAAGUAUGGCUGGGCUUCCGCGGAUCUGGCGCGGACAGCGCGCACUGGCUUGGCAAGACAGGAAACUUGCACGCCUUGCCCAACAAUGAUUCGAUCUGCCGUGGCUUUGCCAAUGCACUGCAGGAGUUCCAUGACGGCCUCAAAUCAUGGUGUCAAGGGUCCAGGAUUAUCCACUUGACGGGUCACUCUCGUGGGGGAGCUUUUGCAACUUUGGGAGGUUGGCUGUUGGCCAACGACUUCCGAGAUGCAGAGGUGAAUGUCGUUGUCUUCGGCUGCCCUCGAGUUGGGACAUCCACGUUUGCCGAGAAGUUCAGGAACCGAAAGAACCUGCGGUGGGCUGGUUUCCAGCAUGCCGGAGACCAUGUGGGAAAGUUGCCACCUUGGGGUGAACAUAUUCAUCCACCUGCAGAUCCGCUCACAGACUUCCAAGCAGGUUCAUGGCCAUUGCUCCAAAGAAUUCCAAAAGUAGGCAACGCCUUGAACAUCAUGUGGGUUUUCGGAUCCAAUCUAAUGAAAAACCAUAGCAUGGAGUCCUACCACCAGUCGCUCAAAUGCAAUUUCAUCCUCCGCACUGGGGCCCCUGAUGUCGAUGAGAUCAUCCGCACCAUCACCAACCGACAGCAGAAGGCCAUGCUCACGAUUGGUGUCCAGGCAGUGAAGGCAAACGCAAGACAGAUCCAAGAGCAAGUGAGGCAAGCAGCCGAUGAGCUGAAAGAGCUCUUGAGUGCUGACCGCUUGAAAGGAGUUCUCUCUGCAGCGCUGGCCGAGGAGUUUGUGAUUCAGAUGAAAGGCGCCACCCGCUUUUUGGCCAACAUGUACGCCACAGACUUGGAGGGAAUGAAAUUGAACGUCCACGAUUUGGAGAAGAAGUUGCACGACCUAGUCGAGCGCCUUCCACAUGUACCUCAAGACUCAACAGAAAUGCUGAAGCUGCUCUUGGAGGCCUUCUUCAAAGCUGGCUUCGUCUUGGCCAUGUGCAGGAUGAAAUUGGGCGACACGCCCCAUGACUUGAAGGAAAGAUUCGCAGGGUUAGGUGAGGAUGUGAAGGCGCAUCUUUGGAGACUGGCACAUGACCUUCAGAACGCAGAUGCCUUUUAUGCAGCCCUGCCGAGCUUAGUGCAGGUAGAAGCUGCUUGCGCAGUACACCUUGACAACAGGGAGCCCCUCUUCGUCACCGAUGAAAUUCAAGAUCAGUUUUUACCGCACCAUAUUCGGCCAACGAAGAUUCAACAAGACAUGAGAAAACUCAAGAAAGAAUUUAGAAGUCAGGUUGCUUCAGCACGCCCAGGAGGUGUAGCAAAGCUCCUAUCAUCCAAGGGCCUGGGUGAGAACCUUGUUCGCCUUCUGGAAGCUAUCCUCAAGGAUGUUGCCUCUGAUUCCAAGGACGAGCGCUUGAAGCCAUGUCAUGAAGAGGUGAUGAUAUUGAAGCAGAGGAUGGAUGACCUGAUGUUGCCAGAGGGCACUGCGGGGCAGAUCGUGCCUUGGAAGGGCAGCUGGUCGUGGCGCCGUCAGCUCCUGAACUGCCUGCCUGCAAAGAAGAGCAGUGUCGUUGCUGAUGCUUCGCUGUCUCGGGCGUUGAAAGAGACGCUGGAGGCCAAAGAGGUGAACACAGCUGAAGAAGUUCAAGAAACCAUCAAAAAAAUAAACAAACGCUUCAGAAAAUUUCUGGACUCUGAGACCUUCAGGCAAAACUUUUCUGAUGAAGAGAAACGGGUCCUUUCACAACAUCUCUGCUUCGACUGGUCAGUUGACAUCAAGAUCCCUACAUGCAGCCAUGGAGCGUUGCCAGUGAUCCUUGUCGACUUGCCAGGUAGCACUGAGGACGGGUUCAUUGGAGACUUCAUCAAGACUAUGGUGAGAGCAAGUUGCAGCCGAGCCUCUACGGCUUUGUUGGUGUUGUCCUCUGACAUGGUCAUAGAACAUGACCGCAAGGGAACUGAUUUGGUGCACCGUUUCUUUGGCGGAGUUUCCGAUUUCAGCGGAUACUACAUAGUCAUCACGAAGGUCUUCGGGAAGAAAACUGUCGAUCAAUGGAAUCCAAGAGUUUGCCAGAAAGCUGCGCAGCUCAAACCAGAGCCCCUGGGGAUUCGUUUCAUCGACAGCUACCUCUUGAGAGCUCAUGUUGCUUCCCGCGCUGGCCCUUUGCCAGAGAGAUUUCCAAGUGUGGAAGUCGAUGCCAGUGAUGAAGAGAAGCGCAGGUGUGAAGCUGAAAAGCAACGCUGUCAGAUCAUUUUCGAUGGUGUUGAAAACAAACACAUGAAAGUUGAGGACCCGAAGAAAUUCAAGGGAAAAGAUCUGGAGAAAGAUUUGAAGGAGAAACUGGAUGAGUUCCCGGAGACUGCUGGCUUCACUUCGGAGCUCUGUAGUCUUGUUGUCUUGGGACCGCAUUUGAAACGAAUGCAGAGACAUAUUCAAGGAGUGGUAGAUGAGAUUCACCAGCGGGUGGAGAUUUGCUUGGGAAGGGAAACAGAGGUUGAUGCAUACUUCAAGCUACUAUGCAAUUUGGACGUGGAAUUCAUGGAGCUGCUCAAAAAGAAGGCCUGGCUGAAGGUCCAGGGCAAGAUUGAACAGAUGGCAGCAUUUGAUUCGCCCGGCUGGUGCUACAACGAUGUGGACGAAACCUUCGACCCAGGAGUUGCUGAUUGGUGCCACAGAAAUGAGCACCUCAAAAGUAACCACCACGACCUGGUCAUGCGAGAGAGCACCAAGGUCUAUGUGGAGAUCUUGCACCAACAAUUGGCCGAACAAUUUGGUUGGGCAGGAGAAAUCGGGAUCCCUGAUUUCGCCUCGGGGUCACUGUCUCAGAAGUUAGAGAUCCCUGGGGUAUCAAAGCAGCUCGCAGCUGCUAUGACUACUCUCGGCGUCGCAGGUGCUGGAGCUCUAUCUGUAGCUAGCCGUGGGCCUCUGGCACAAACGUUUUUUCUUUGUUCGGUUGGUUUGGGCUCGUACGCUGGCCCGAGGCUAUUCAAUUUGGCAAUAGCAGAGACUCCAGACCAGAGAUUGGCCAGCCUCAAGGAGUGCGCAGACCUGAACCUGAGCAGGUUGAACGACUCCGUCAAGAAGUGGCUCCAAACAAAGCUUGAGGGGCGGCUAACGAUGCUCGUGGAGGAGAAUUCGGACUUGCCACAUCUAGAGAAAAAGCUUCAGCAGUACCUCAAAGUUUGUGACCAUUUGCAGGAGAUCCAGAAAGUCGUGAAAGAUUCCUAGCAGCCAGCAAAUGCCAUUGCUUAGAACUUGGACAUUUCCUCACACCUUAGACAUGUCGAGCUUUCUUGCGUCAUGGCUCGUCAUUGGCCAAUGUAGAUAUGACAUGCUAUCGCUUUGCAAA